CACACCCUACGUCGCAGGAGAUUUGACAUAUUUGCCCUCCUCCUCCGUCUUCUUCUUUUCCUUCUCUUUCGGCGUUUUUCUCUCCGGUUCAUCAUCGACUUGUCGCCGGGAUGUCGCCGGAAUACGUACCUCUACUGCCGGGGUUGAGGUCCUCUCCGAGGACUGCGUCGGUCUCCGGCGCCGUGUUCAACGUCUCGACCAGCAUAAUUGGCGCUGGAAUCAUGUCGAUUCCCUUCGCUCUUAAGAUCCUCGGCAUUAUCCCCGCCCUCCUCCUGAUCGCGUUCGUCGCUUUCUUGACAGACAUUUCUGUGGAGAUUUUGGUCAGAUUCACUCAUUACGGCAACUCGACGACGUACGCCGGCGUGAUGAAGGAGUCGUUCGGCUCGAUUGGUUCGAUUGCUACUCAAGUUUGUGUCAUGAUUACCAAUCUUGGUGGCUUGAUCAUAUACCAGAUUAUAAUAGGGGACGUGUUAUCCGGAAAUAAGGAAGGGGAAAAAAUGCAUUUAGGAGUAUUGCAAGAAUGGUUCGGUGAUCAAUGGUGGAACGCGAGAGAGUUCUCGAUCCUUUUCACCGCCGUCUUCAUUCUGCUUCCUCUGGUUCUUUUCCGACGAGUCGAUUCUCUGAGAUUCAGUUCGUUCAUAUCCGUUGUUCUGGCCGUCGUUUUCGUUGGAAUAAGCUCUGUAAUGGCGAUCAUGGCGAUCGUUCAUGGGAAAACGAAGAGCGCCAGAUUGAUACCGAAGCUGGACAAGAACACCUCCGUCUUCGACCUUUUCACAGCUGUACCAGUUAUCGUCACAGCCUUCACUUUCCAUUUCAAUGUCCAUCCAAUAAGUUCUGAGCUCGCAAAGCCAUCAAAUAUGAUCAUUGCUGUUCGGAUCGCGCUUGUUCUCUGCGCUGUUAUCUACUUUGCGAUCGGAAUUUUUGGGUACUUACUGUUUGGAGAGUCGUUAAUGUCAGACAUUUUGAUGAACUUUGAUGAGAGUGGUGAUGCAGGCGGGGCUGUGUUGAAUGAUGUGGUGAGAUUAAGCUAUGCAGUUCAUCUGAUGUUGGUCUUCCCCUUGCAAAACUUCCCACUGAGGUUGAAUAUAAAUGAAUUUCUGUUCCCAAAGAAGGCUCCGUUGGGCACAGAUAGAACAAGGUUUGUAGCCAUUACAAUGCCCUUGUUGGUGUUCUCCUCCUUGGCUGCAAUUGCAUUCCCAAACAUAUGGUAUAUCUUUCAGUUCAUGGGCUCCACUUCAGCUACUUGCCUUGCCUUCAUCUUCCCCGGUGCCAUCGCCCUCAGGGAUGUGAAUGGAAUAUCAACGAAAAAGGAUAAGGUAGUUGCUACAGUAAUGAUAAUUCUAGCAGUAACAACGAGCAUUAUUGCCAUUUCUAUAAACAUACAUAAUUCACGGAAAAGUGAGAAUUCGUUACCAUGAAUUUUUUUUUUUUGGAGAUUAUGA